GAAACUCCUUUAGCGUUUACGUGAAGGAAUGUUCAGUGUGCUCGACCUCGGUGAGCCUUUGAAGCGGGACCGGGCAGCCGUGAGGGGGUGCCUGAGGUGAUGGUGGAUCUGCAGCGGGGUCUAUGGGAGCUGCCCAGAGCCAGGUUCAUCACCGGGUGCUGGCGAAGCAAUGGGUGUCUGUUCUUUUUUUUUUUUUUUUUUUUUCUUUUUUUUUAAAUUAACGUAGCCAUCUGUAAAACACAGUAAUUUGCACUAAAGUCGUGAGGCGCAGAAGUGUCUCUGUACUGCGGGCUGAACUGCGAGCAUAGUGAAAGCGCUCAGUGGUUUUCCCCUUCACCAAAGAUGACCUCAUGUAAUGUAAUAUCCCCUUACUGGUGCAAAACGAGGAAGGGCAGAGCUGGACGCGGGGACAGUCCCUCCUGGCCCACAGAGCUGCUUCCAGCGUCCCAGAGAGGGCUGGGGAAUCCACGAGGAGGAGGGACUGAUAAUGGUACCACCACAGCGUGGCUCACAGACGGCAGAGGAGUUACCUGCUGUCAGGGUGUCUGUCUGCAUUCCCGCCAAAAGCACAGAUGAUGUUUCCUAGCUUGUUUCGAAGCGAGCUCUGCUGGGAAUUCUGUGUUCCACUCAUCAUCUGUGCUGUUGCAGCCUGCUUCAGUAACCGAGCUGAGGCUGCUGAGCUGCUGUGUCGGAAGUGUGGCUGGUUUUGUGUUAAAGGUGCAAAGGGAGCAGGUUUGAGGUUUCACAGAGAAAGCGAUGAUACACCACCAUGCGCUGUGCUUGGUGUUUGGGUGCAGUGCGUGAAAGCCAUAAGUCAACUCCAUCGUCACGAAACACAACCAUCACUUCAUUGCAGUGAUGAUUCAGCUGCUCAUAAAGCUCUGAAUGGAGCUGGUGAGCUCCAGAGCUGUGUGAGACACGCUGGGAGCUUACUGCAGUCUGGAUGUGGAAACAUCUGCACUGUGUGAUACCAGUUAAAUGGCUGCUCGCGUGUUUCUCUGCACUUCUGCAGCAGCAGAGAGCUGGGGUUUUCCAGCAGACCAUGGGGAAAUAGCCAGAGGUGGUGACAAUUCCUCUAAUGGGUCUCGUGGACAGUCUCAGCAGUCACUAUCUAAACACUUUUUCCGUGCAAGAGCCAGGGAUCUGGAGGUUCUGUGCAGUCGGUGGAGAGGAGCACAGGAAAUAUUCCAGCGCCGCGCCGAAACCAACUUCGCUGGGUCCCGCAGCCACUCCGCGCCGCGCUUUCACCGCCUCCCGGCUCCGAGGGCUCCUCUCGUCAUGAGCUCCUUCGAGGAGGCCGAAACAGAGGAGACAGUGACGUGCCUCCACCUGACCUUCUACCACCCCGGGCAGGGCGAGAAGAUGAUGUUCCGCUGCCUGGAUUUCUGCCAGCGCCAGCAGCUCCGGGCGGACGACACGGCCAAGUUCGGCCGCGACCCCAGCCUCUGCAGCUACAGCCUGGCAGACACGCGCGUCUCCCGCAUCCAGUUCUCCCUGCAGUUCUACAGGAAGCUCCACACCUCCGAGUACGGCUUCGAGAUCAAGAACUUGAGCAAGAAAACGAAGCUGACCGUCGACCAAACGGAACUGGGUUACUUGAACAAAAUCGACCUGCCCUGGAAGUGCAUCAUCUGUUUCGGGGACUACCAGAUCCUGGCAGAGAUUCAGGAAGGGGAGGCCGUGGAUUAUUUUGAGACUCACUUGCACUUGGCUGAAGCACCCAUCUUACAAGAGAGGUGCCUGCCAUCCCUGCAGCCUAUACCCGAGAAUGGCAUUUCUCCCUCCUUUCCUCUCUGCCAAGGCAAAAGCCCCACAGAGAUUGAUGAGAACGAGCUGUACUAGCGGCGAGAAGGAGGCUGGAUCAGCUUUUGUGGCCUCCAACAUACACGGCUCUCAGCUCAGCCCAGUGCUCUUGCUGGUGCUCACUGACUGCUGCUCAUCAGUCUUCUUUGCUGGGUGUUUCCAGAAAUGGAUUCCUGCCACUGCCUUCACGGAGGGCUCCCCAAUGCCCAGAAAGGUGUGGGAGGCAGGGCGGUCACUCGAAUCCACGGGAUUCCAGAGCCGUGGCCACGUGCCUUGGAGGGAUAUUUAACAGGCAUUAACACUGAGUGUGCACAGCAGGGUGUUUGGUCCCAGCCAAGGGGAGACACAAUGUCUUGUUGCAUGUCAUACUUGGUGCUCUGCUUUGCACACCAAAUCCCAAACAGUAUUUUUUUCGGAGCCUAGGUUGUGACUUCACAGAUUUUGCAACUUUGAAACACUUAUAUGUUUUUAUUAGCUUCAAAGCCAGGUCUGGUUUUUUUUUUUUUUUAAAUUUUUACUUAUUUAAUUAACAUAUAUAUAUUUUUUGCAAGUUAACUACUUUUGCUUGUGAUGUACACAAAGAUGUAGCAUCAGUGAUCAUGAUCUAUAAACAUCCACAUUAAUUUU